GUUAUUUAAACAUGGUUUUCCAAAAUAUUUUAAUGUGCCCUUCAAAUAAAUACAUGCAUACAUAAAUUUGUUAUAUCAGUACACUUAAUUUACACAUACAUACUGAAAUUUGUUUGUUAUGUCAAUACACUUAAUGUUUUUUUAUUGCAGGGACUGUUGAAUGAAAAGGCGAGUUCUGGCAAGUAUGUACUGGUAUACAGGUAGCUCUCGUUAUGCUAGUGUUUAUUUUCAGCUUUUAUAUUUAAUAUGCUUUAAUAUAUAUUUAAGUUGCUGAAUGAGUAUUGAGUAUGAGUGUUGUUGAAUCAGCAUUAGUACAGAUGUUUUAAAAGUAAAACCACAUCUACAUUUAAAUACAUGGAAACAAUUAUAUAAUGCAUUAUACAUGCUUAAACAAUAAAGAACUCUGAGUGAAAGUGGGCUAUUCAUUUAAUGUGCAGGGCUGGCCUUCACCUGAGGGUGUGUCUACUGACAGUUCGUGUGAAGUCGUAGUUUCAACGAGGAACUGCUAGCCAGUACAAGACUGGUCUGUUGAUUGUUCUGAUUUCAGCCUUGGAUUAUGCCAUACCAUGGAAGCAUCAAUCCCUUCGCUUCUGCUGGUUCUGUGGCUCAAGGGUUUGCUGAACUGGCUGGUGGUUGUGGUGCAGCGACACUACAUGAUCAGGAGCUUCUCAGGAUUCUUUUGCAUUUCUUUGGCACUGAUUGAUAGUCUCUUGAGUUUUGUCCUCACGGCUAUUUUCUAUCUGCAAGACUUCAGCAUCUCAGGCUGGCACUUCACCAGGUAUCACGUAUGCCUGCUGAUUCAGAUUGCUUGUUUUAUCUACGCCGUGCUCCACUGGCCAGUGUUCCUCCUUGUAGGACUAGACAACUUGUGGACACUAUCAUCAAGCUCAACACACACAUCCCGGAAACAAAAGCUUACCUACAUUGCUGGAGUUGGUCUCCUUUGGAUUCUAGCAGCUUUAUAUGUUUUCUGGGAGCCUGAUUUUGUUCGGUUGUUAGGAGAUGAUGAGAUGCACCAGUGUGAGCUGUUUAGUAGCCCUCAGAGCUCUCAGGUUCUCGUAGCGUUGCUACUGACGGUUACCUGCGUCUUUCUUUACUCGUACGCUCCGUUUGAGAAAUGGAGGGUGCAGGUGUUUCUGCAUUCCACUCAGCAAAGCUGCUUGGUUUGUUUAAGGCGGGCAAUGCAUACGUUCCUCAGCACAUGGGCCUCGUUUCUCGUUCUGAUGAUCAUCUCGCCGCUGCUGCAGAUAGACCUGCACGCGCACCUGCAGCUCAAUGUCAUCUGGUUGUGUUUCGUCAACAGCUUUUUCGUCGCUUUGGCUCUGUGCGGUCGCUCUAUAACAUCGACUUCCAAGAAAAGCGGCACCAUUACAGAUGGUUUUUGUUCCUGGUACUUUUGUUUUACAUUUGGAGCUAACGAGUGGAAUUAUGAACAACAAUCCAGUGACCGCACUAAGUUAAAACACUAAAUAUCUGACCAUGUUUACUCCGGAGAAGGCGUUUUUCUUUGCUUUCUUGUUUGCAUUAAAAAAGAGAGAGAGAGAGAAAAAUACAAACAGGUCUAUUUUUUUUCCAGUCUCUUUAUUAUAAGAAAAAUUAAUAUUGGAUCAGCACCUUUUAGAAUAAUAGGCUACUGAUGUAAAAAUGAUGUGAUUUCAAGAUCUCAAAACUACAAGUGUUUUUCCGUCUAUGUGCAAAUAAACUAGACACAUGAAAGGUACAAGGAAGAGAGACAAAAAUAAGGAAGUAUAUUUACAUUUGAACUAGUAGUCUAACCGGUUUAUUCACAAUAUUUACAUAAGACAGCAUUAGCUUAUCCAGAAAUGUAAAAUCUGUCAAUAUUUAUGUCGUUUCAACGUUGCAUGACUUUCUUCUGGUGUAUACAAAAUAAGAUUUAACCCUUUAAAGAUGUGAAAUAAUACUCAGACAAAUUGUUUUUUUAAAUAAAGAGCUAAUUGAAACUUUAGAAGAAGAAGAAAAAGGCCCAUAUAAUAUAGUGAGAAGCUCACAUCAUGGAGGCACCUAAUUUCAUUCAGAGGCCUAAACUGAGCAAAAAUGUGCAAUUUGGUGCAGAUUGUUACUUGACCAAAAAGUAAAAUGAAAUUCAGACAGCUUGCAAAGUAAAUGUUUAACGGAUUACUCACAGAAAAUGCAUAUAAAUGUCAUCAAAUGUCAUCUGCAACUGCAAUAAUAGGCCUCAGUAAGAUGUUUUCAUAUUUGAAAUGUACAAAUAAACAUUCCUCAGAAAGCA